UUUAAUUGAUUAAAAAAAAUUCACGCCCUUCCCCUUUUGUCAAUGGGAUGAGCUAAGCUGAGCUCUCUAUACGAUCUGUCCAGCUCCGCCGCAGACGAGAGAGGACGGCCGUCUUAAUGGGCUCAAGGGCGGCCAAUGCGAUGCUAUCCCGUGCCCAGAGGAUCAAGUCCAAGCUCCAGUCCGCCCUCGAGGCCAGCCUCCUCGAGAUCGACGACGUCUCCCACCAGCACGCCGGCCACGCCGCCGUCCGAGCCAGCGGCUCCGCCGGCGAGACCCACUUCAACGUCAAGGUCGUCUCCGCCAAGUUCGACGGCAAGACCCUGGUGAAUCGCCACCGCAUGGUCUACGACGCCCUCACCGAUGAGCUGCAGUCCGGCCUCCACGCCCUCUCCAUCGUCGCCAAGACCCCGCAGGAAAUCGCCAAGAAGUGAGAAAUUCUUAGGUAUUAUCCUGCAAAUUCAGCUGAUCGAUGAGUCAGAUUCUCUGUUCCGUGGAUAGUGCAGCAGCUCAUCACGUCACCUGUUCGAUCAAUUGCCUGAAUGGAAUUUGAUUAAUGUUACCGCUUAUUGUACUAUUGAAUUCUGCUCUGAAAUUCAAUGACGCAUUUAGGGUCUUUUUUUUUCUGGUCAAAUUGUGAUAAUUCGUCGAUUUUGGGUGCUUCCACAUUGACCGGGUGGCCGGCGUUCGAUAGAUUUCUAAAGAAAACGCCUGCAUCCCAGGGUUGAACCA